GCACCUGUGAGGUUGCGACAGUUGUUGGACUCUACCGCACUCUCAACCAGUCCAAGGACUUUGUUGAGAAGCAGCUGCGAUACAGGCUGCGGCAGUGUGUGCAUUAUGGGGCAGUUGAGGAGCUGUACCAUGGGGUUGCGCUCGUCCGUUCUGUCCUAGACUCGGGAGGGUCAAGAGCCAUCGAUGACCUGUCCUUGGUCAACACGUUAAAGGGCUUCGGGAUGAUAGGGGCACUCCUCAAUGGUUCACAGGUGACAGCCCUCAAGAGAGUCAUAGCCAAGGCCAACAGGAGGUGCAUUCUCCUGACCGAUGAAGCUGAUGCACAACUCGACGCGGGGCAAAGUAGCUACACCAGCGAGGCUGCCAAACAGUUUGUGACCAGCCUUCACCCUGCCCCCAUCCUCCGCGUCUCCAUCACUGCUACACCGCUGCGCUGCAUGCGGUCUGAGAAGAAAGACGUCCCGGUUGACAACGUGGUCAUCGCUCGAGCGGGCAGCUUGUACCGGGGCCUCGAGCAACUCGAGCGUCUCAGUGACGAUGCUGGGGUCAUCACCCUGACAACCGCGAUCCGCAAGAAGGACCUGAAUGGCCCUCUAAACGACGACGAGAAACGGUUCCUGGCUGCACUGAAGUUGGGUGAGGAAGGCGCGGGGAAGGCGCUGUACCUCAGCUUUGUUAGCACGAGCAUCAAAGACCACUCACUGGGCGAGGAAAACAUUGUGACAAGGAGUCACAUCAGGAAGACAUGGGUUGAGGCCGUCCUUGGGGUUCGGUUAGCAGCCGGCACAUACCACGCGGGUAAUGCGCUGUACGAAAAGCCUGGGGAGGACGGCCACAUGGAGCUGGGACGGGUUUUGCCAGAGGACCUGAUCAAGAUGCUGCUGACGUUCGACACACACAUGGCGAUCGAGUGUUCAGUCAACCACGUGGAUCGGGUCAACAGCCAUGUCGCCAGGGACGACAAUGGUGACGUCAUUCAUCCCACCGCGAUCAUGGUGCAGCUCUCGCCCCACGAGACACUGUGCUCGAGCACUCAAAUUGAUCUCAACAGGGCUAUCCAGAUCCUCUCCAGAGCCUGCGGCCAUUGGCCGGAUAGGAGGCGCAUCCCCGUGUUGUGCAGCCCCGAGCUCUGGGAGAUGAUUAACGCUUACAAGCUGGGGAAGCAGUGGACGGAGGACUACGAAAGCCAGCCCAACUACCUCCAGACCCCAGCCUUUACGAGGCUCGACGAGACCACGCUCACAACAAGGGCAACACCUCUCCGCGUCUCCCUCCCCCGCAACGCUGAUGGCACCUUCGUCGACCCUCCCCAAAACUACACCCUCCUGAAGAGUACGAAGAAGCACACCUGGAGGGACAGGGUGAAGUAUGUCCGGGACCCGGUCGCGAGCCCUGUCCUCCCGGAAGCUCGAGCUGUUGGCGGAGGGCCGCCGGUGGAGGACGAGAGAGACGGGAGCGCCUCGAGCGACGAGGGCGAGGAGGCCGAGGAGCCGGUGAAAGUGGAUGUGGGCGAUCGGCCACUGGCGCCCUGGUUGCAGCGGCAGGAUCUGACGCUCGAGGAGUUCUACGAGCAGGAGUUCCCAGACGCCCGGCCCUUCACCAUGUGCACCGACCCCCCCUAUACGGUGGACCUCGCUACCGUCCUUGAGGAGAUUGGGACAAAGGGGCCUCAGCUGCUCAAAGCCCUCGAAAACCACGCUGCUGAGCCAGAGCUGGCCGCAUCCACAUCGGGGGGCUCCUCAAACUGUCAGCAUCCAUGA